GCUGAUGUUAAUAUGUUAUGUUAUGAAGCAGAUAAGACCAUGUUUGGGGAAGAAGAGAUUUGUCCUGUGUUUAAACUUUAAACUCUUUUUUUUUGCAGUCAAUUUUUUCAGUUUUUAGUCUUUCGUCCUCCAACUCUUUCUCCCUUACUUCGCUGGACUUUUUUGAAUUUUUCUGCUUAAUUUCCAUCACUUUUUCGUUGUAAUUUUUAUUUUUGGCCCCUCAGAAAAAAAAAAAAAAUAAUUUAAAAAACUGAUUUUUGGGAUUUUAAUUUGUUUGUUUUUUCGUGCUUUCCCCCCUUAUUUUUCGAUAAUUUUUUAUCGUCAUUUUAGGGUUCUUCAAUUUCCAGGAAACCCAAUUCAACCGGAAUUGUCAGCCCUCAACUGGGUGUAUCGCGGUUUGAGUAAAUGAUAAUCAAGUGGAUAAUUGGACAUUGAUAAAUUCUUUACUUUGUGGGUUUUUGGCCUUUGAAGUUGAAUUAUAAAAUUUUGGAUUUUUGGGGUUUUGUGAUAAUUUUGGUAGUUUUGAGGUAUGGCAUCAUCUAGGGGUAAUGUUCACUCAGAUACCGCGAAAAAGGAGCAAAUUAUAACUGAGUUUUUCACUAAGACCCUUCAGAUAAUACUAGAAUCCAGGUCACCUUACAUGUCCUCGCGGCAUUAUAGUGGAGAGCAGGUUGUGUCGUCUCCAUCAUCAUCAUCUUCGUCUUCCUCGAGUUUUAGGACUAGGGACAAAUGGUUUAAUUUAGCCCUCAGGGAAUGUCCUGCUGCCUUGGAGAAUAUUGAUUUUUGGCGUCAGAGUAACCUUGAACCCAUGGUAGUUGAUGUGAUCCUGGUUCAACGGGAUUUUGUCAACUUUUCUCCUCAAAGGGAUUUUGUAAAGAAUCCAACAUUGAAAGAUCAGGUUUCAAAUUUUAUGAACUUGGAACUUGAUGAGCCUGCUGUUGUACCAAGGAAUGAAAAAAUUAUAGAGAGAUGGGUGGUGCAAUAUGAGAGCCGAAAGAGUAGAGAUGGUGGUCUUGGCAGCAAAAAAUCUAGUGGUAAUUUGCACUCGCUAUAUAAGAAGUCAAUUGUGCUUUUGAGAUCGUUAUAUGUAACUAUACGACUUUUGCCUGCAUACAAACUUUACAGAGAUCUCAUUUCAUCUGGACAAAUUCAUACAUACACGCUUACACAUCGUGUGUCUACCUUUGUUGAGCCCUUCACGAGGAAAGAAGAGAGUGAGAUGCAGCGAUUUAGUUUUGCCCCAGUUGAUACUUCAUGUGGUAAACUCUGUCUUUCAGUAUCAUAUCGAUCUAUACUGUCUGAUGUGAGCUCAGAACCUUCGACUCCUAUGUCUCCACAGUUCAUACCAGACUAUGUCGGUAGCCCAUUAGCAGAUCCACUUAAAAGGUUCCCGUCUCUUCCCAGGUCUCAUGGCUCCCCAUCUUAUUCCCCAUUCUCAAGACGUCAUAGUUGGAGCUAUGAAAACUAUCAAGCCUCACCAUUACUAAAUUUACCAUCUCCAUCUCCAUCUCCCACGUACUCAGAUUCUCAUGCUUCAGUAUCUAAGUGUAAAUCUCGAAUUCCCCCUCCUUUGAGCUUGCCUCAACGCUUACCUGAAACAUUUCAAGCUACUGGAAAAAAUACCGGCUACGAUGAGUAUUGGCCUUCCCCUGUCUUUUCUCCUUCUCCCUCACCUUCCCCACCAAUGUACAUCGCUAAUACUGAUGCUUCCAAGGCUCUGUUGCGAUGUGAAAGUGCUCCUGUUAGAAUUCCUGUGAGUAAUGCUUUCAACAGGCAAGUCUUGCGUCCUUCUCCUCCCCCUAAGCUUACAAGAGCCACCACUUUAAAGUCAGAUAGAUCUACUGGUCCAAGUGGUUCAUCUGUUGACAAGUUUUCUCUGGGCAGAGAUGAAAGUGGAAGAUAUUUUGGGCUUAGGGUAUCAACCAACAGCUCUCCAGGCAUCUCUUUCUCUAGGAGUUCUAGUAGGCCAUCAAUUCAUGAUGAUUUUGAUGAUACUGAGUUUGCUUGCCCGUUUGUUGUGGAUGAUGAUGACAUGGGUAGCAGGCCUGAGUCCUUCGAUCAGAAAGGAAAACCAAAUGACCCACUGGAACCAGGAGGAUCCGCUCCUGUUGGAAAAUCCCAAGAUGCUAAAGUGGGUGCCCUGGUAUUAAUGCUGAAGAAAGCUCCACCUCUUCGCCAGGAUUCAUUGAUGGCCUCUAAGGCUAUGAGCUGCCGUGACAAUGAAGAACCUGCUCUCAAAUUAGAUGAUCAACAGUCUCAGAAGGGGACUUGCACAAGCAUAUUGUCGUCAAGUCUUGCCCCUUCAAGGACAACAGCUGAUGCUCUAGAAGAGCUCCGGAGCUACAAGGAUUUGAAGGAGUUAUUACUUAGUCAAGGGAAAAGUUCCCAUAAGUUUUGCGAUGCUGAAGGAGCUUCAGGUGGGAAAUCCUAGUAAAUAUUGAGCAAUUUCUACCAUUAUCGGACUUCUUUGCUUGUGAAUAUUGUCUUGCUCUGGAGUUCUGGCCUUGCGGUUUUCAUCUACAAGUACAUGUUUGCACCAGCAUCUUUUAGAUGAAGGGGGUGGUGAACAACUGAGAGGAGGGGAGGGAGGGAGGUUGAAAGAAUUACAAUUUACAAAGAAUGUCAGAGCCGGGCUUUGUGUUUUUAGUUAUGCCUGGUUUCUGUAGAGGUUCUAUAUCUGAUUGAUGACUAUAUUGCUAUGUGUAUAAAAGCUUUGAUCUUUGUCAUUUUUCAAGGUGUAUAAAGUUGUGUCGGGGAGAGCUGGAGAGGUUUAAAGACGGGAUAACUUGCAAUGUGAAGAAGCGAGAGGAGAUAGUUGUCUUGACUUGUGAACUUUGGCUAUUUACCGGAGUUUAUAGUUUGACGAUGAGGUGUUCAAUCAAAUCUUUUUUAUCCUGAAAGUAAUUUACAUCAUUACAUGUAUAUAAUUUUCAAUUUUGAACCUUCCAAUCAUGUACAAAAGCUAGAAGUGCAGAAUUGAUAAUGUAUAUUCUACUAAUGUAUCAUUCAUGUGCAAGUGAAUCAAUGUGUUCCAGUGUUCAA